AUUUGCCAUGUUCCACAAUGUCAGGAUACCUAAAGAAAACAUACUGAAUAUAGCUGGAGAUGUCACAGCUGAGGGGAAGUACUCAAGUUCAAUCAAGGAUGUUAAAGAGCGUUUUAGUGCAGCUCUGGGAUCCUUGUCCACUGGCAGAAUUCUGAUCACCGCAGUUUCCAUGACCAAUUUAAAGCUUGCCUUAUCAAUAGCCAUUCGCUUCUCAGCAGCUCGCCGUCAGUUUGGACCAACUGAUGACGAAGAAAUACCUGUUCUUGAAUACCAAACACAGCAAUGGCGUCUUCUUCCUUAUCUGGCUGCUGCAUAUGCCUUAGAUUAUUUCUCCAAAUCCUUGUUUGAGAACUUCGUAGAAUUUUAUGCAGGCUUAUUGACAAAGCAAAGGAGUCAGAGACAGGCUGAUUUGGGACGUGAGAUUCAUGCCUUAUCUGCUGCCAGCAAACCACUGUCGUCUUGGAUUGCUCAGCAGGCAGCCCAGGAGUGCCGAGAAGCUUGUGGAGGACAUGGUUACCUUGCCAUGAAUCGUCUGGGUGAAAUCCGAAAUGACAAUGAUCCAAACUGCACAUAUGAGGGAGAUAACAACGUCCUGCUUCAGCAAACCAGUAACUAUUUAAUGAGCUGGAUGAAUUGCAUAAGAGAUAAAGCUCCUUUUGAAUCCCCUUUUGGAACAAUAAAUGUUUUGCAAGACUACCAUCAUAUCCUUGGCUGGAAAUUCACAGCCACUAGUGUUGAAGAUUGCAUGGACUCCUCAGUUCCUUUAGCAGCAUAUAAAUGGCUGGUUUGCUACCUGCUACGAGAAAGUGACCAAAAGCUGAGCAAGGAGAGGCAGUCUGGGCGAAGUGAUUUUGAGGCAAAAAACAACUGUCAGGUGUACUACUGUCGAUCGUUAGCCAUUGCUUUUAUUGAACAAACUGUCUUACAAAGAUACCAUGACUACACUCAUGAUCCCAGCAUACCACCUACUCUGCAGCCAGUGCUUAAGAAUCUCAGUGCUCUGUAUGGACUGUGGUCUUUAAGUAAACAUCUAGCUGUGCUCUACCAAGGUGGCUAUGCUUCAGGUGAACAAGCUGGUAGAUUUAUUCAGAAUGCUAUUCUGGAGCUCUGCUACAGGUUGAAAGAUGAUGCAGUUGCCCUGGUUGAUGUCUUUGCUCCUCCUGACUUCAUUCUCAACUCCCCCAUUGGUAAAGCUAAUGGAGAGUUAUAUAAAAAUAUGUGGGCAGAGAUCCUUCAAGGCAGCAAAGCUCUGAACAGACCUUCAUGGUGGGCAGAAUUUUGUAUUAAUAAACCUGUUACAGGCAGGCUGAGGUCAAGAUUGUAAACCAAACAACUUGUAAGAGGCUGGAUGGGCCUGAGAUGGAUACCAUAUUUCAAACAUCAGGAGGAAAUGAGACCAUAUGUCGAACACUGAAAAUGAAAGAGAUUUUCAUAGAGAAGUGCCAAGUUUUAAAAUAACUUUGAAAUCAAGUCCAACUUGGUCUCAGGGACUGUUAACAUAAUAAUGACAGGAGCAAGAGCAACACAUCUGCACACUAUUCAUAUUUACUCAAUUAAAUACAAAAAAGUAAAGAUUCGUUAUGAUCACUGCUUUGCAAAGUUUCCAUAAAAAAAUGUUCCAAUC